AUGCCAGGGCCAGCAUUACGCCUUCCCAGUGCCGCCUGUUCAGCCCGCCGCACCCAGCAAGCAAAGCAACAGCAACGCCAGCCAGCCAGCCAGCCGCAGCCGGCAACUUCCGCCCGUCGACAACCUUCCACCACCGACCGUCCGCCCGCGUUGCCUGUUACCUAUCCAUCGCCUGCAAGCAAGCUAGCUCCUCCCAACACCAUCACCAUCACCAAUCCGCAACUCCAACACCACAAACCCACCACAAUCACAACCAGCGACACCGCGAAACCUGCGAAACCCACGAAAAAAAAAAAAAAAAACUACUCUAGGAAUCCGGUCAAUCUCACCCUUCAACACACAUCCCACACAAUGGCCUCAGACGCAAAGCCCCAGGACAAGACCGCCUCCGCCGCGGACCCAAAGGCCGACGAGACGACGCAGCAGCAGGCGGCGGCGGCGAAGAAGCCCGCGCUCGGCGAGGACGACGAAUUUGAGGAUUUCCCCGUCGACGACUGGCCCCAGGAAGAGACCGAGGCAGCUGCGGGCGGCGGUGGCUCGACGCAGCACCUGUGGGAGGAGAGCUGGGACGACGAUGACACGACCGACGACUUCUCGGCGCAGUUGAAGGAAGAGUUGAAGAAGGUCGAGGCAUCCAAGAGACGAUAA